AUGGCAAAGAAAAGUCAAGAUACCGAUUCGGAAGGUCCCCGCGGCCGGACUGGUCGCCCUGAGACCCCCUCCUCUGCGAACUCGUCGUCUCGUCGCAGCACCCUUUCCCGCGUACACUUCGCGGACGACGUCGCAGACGAGAUGUGCAACCCACUGGCGUCUCCUCGUUCUGACGUGACAGUGACUGCGGUGCCGGUACCUGUGCCUUCCAAGUCGGCCAACCCUACGGUUGGUUUGCCUUCCAGCGUCGGGGAGAAUUGGGAGUUGCCCCCUCCUUCCGUUGACAAACGUAACGCGUUCGCUCAACAAAAGGCAAAACUUGCCUCCCAAUCUUCCUCCCACCUUUCUUCCCACCCUUCUCACUUCUCUCGCCGCUCCUCCUCCAUCCCCCCUGUACCAUCUCUUCCUGUUUCCAUCCUCAAAAACCGUCACGGCAACCUCUCCAUUGCCGAAGUAAAACCUCGCUCUUUUUCUGCUCCCCCAUCUCCGCCAAAGAUGGAGGACAGUCCCGAUGUUCCGGAGGGCAAGAACAAGCCACUCCCCAUGUCUCCUCCCGGCAAAUUCGAACCACACACACCCAGCCCUCGCACCCCCAUCUUCAACAGGGAUGGCCUGCGCACUCCCAUCCUGGGCUCGCCUUUCAGUCCUACUGGUGUCAGUCCUGUCACUAGUAAUCGUUCGAGUUUCGCUACUCUCAAGGAUCUCCCCGAGACUGUUCGAACUCUCCAGUACCAGUAUGAAGCAACCCAAAAGCGACUGGCAACGAAGAUCGACGAUAUCAACAGGCUCGAAAAGAAGGUUGAAGACUUCUUUACCUUGACUGAGAACUACAUCAAGGAUCAAAUGCACGCGCAAGUUGAGCGCAAUUCCGACUUGUCUUUUGAACUUUCCAAGUUCAAGCGCGAAAACAAGAAGACCAUGGAUCAGGUUAACCAGAUCAAGGAGAGUAUCCACGAGAUGCGACUUGAAAUCAACGGACUGACCUCGACUGUCAAUGACCUGAGCGCCAAGGUCGAUAUGUGUCUCACCGGAAUUUGGGAGAACACCGAAGAGCCAUUCGUGGCCUACCAGCGUCGAAAGAACAGUGAGAUCGAUGAAGAUCUACAGGACAUCGGAAAUAUGGCUGUGAAUAACGGAGCGCAACUCCUGUUCGUGAGACAAUCGAUCAUCCGCAUGCAGAUUGCAUUCAGACUCCUGCAACAUGAGAACAAUCUCAACGUUUCCCAAGAUGUGCAACUUGUGCUUCCACAAUUCCCUUUGGCUACGCAAGACAACGUGCCACCCACUGGUCAGCUUCAAUCCCUUGCCACCUUUGAGCCUGGAGCAGCUCCACCAGCAUCAACCACUGUGCCAGCAAAUGCCACACGCUCAGCAUCCACCACCGUUCCAGCAAACGUCACUCCACCAGCUUCCCGCACUGUGCCAGCAAGGGCUACUCCAGGAAAUUCCACUUCCUCGGGAUCGACUACUGUGCCAGCAAACGUCACUCCACCAGCGUCCCGCACUGUGCCAGCAAGGGCUACUCCAGCAAAUUCCACUUCCUCGGGAUCGACUGUGACAGUAAAGCCUACUCCAGCAAAGUCCACUUCCUCAGCAUCCCCAACUGUUCGAGGGAAGGCUACUCCCCCGGCAUCUGCUACUGUGCCAGCAAAGAACACUCUCUCCGGAGCUACCACUGUUCCAAAAAAGGUUACUCCGCCAGCAUCGGCCACCGGGUCCGCAACAAUCAUCUCUCCAGAAUCUUCCUCUGCAAAGAGCUCGAUCCCUCGACCCAAGGAGACUCUUUCGAAGAAGUCUGUUGGCUCUCAGUCGAGCGACAAAGAGAACAUCCGCAAAUACACUGGUGGUUAUGCAGACAGCACAUCUGGAUCUGCAGCAGAGUUCAAGGCAAAGAAAGAUGCCAUCGAUAAGCAACAUGGAUCUGAGAAGAAGGGAAAGAGUUUGUUCGGAUUCCGUCGCCGUAGUGACAGCCUUUCAUCCGGUACCAGUGGCAAAGCCCCUCGAGCUUCACGUCAGGAAGAGUCGAUCCCACCUGUCCCACCACUUCCUCGCGGAAUUGUUCUCCCCGGCGUUCCUGGAGAGCCCAUCCCACUGGCUAACAUUCACCCACUCUAUCGUCCUGGUUUCCGUGAGGUGAACGCCCUGGGUAUCCCUUCGGCCACUCCAAUUGUGCCUCCCCGCCCAGCUCAGCCCAAGGGCUCCCCUGAGUCUGGCAAGGACAAAACUCGCAAGUAA